GUGCUCCUAGAACACCAUAUAAACAAAAAAGUUUUAUUACACACAGUUAAUUAUUCUCCACGAUGCGGAUGGACAUUCCCGGUAACCCGAGAGCCGAUGCCGAAACCGCCUCGGUUUCCGUCGGGUCGGCCUUGGCAGGGCCCGCAUCAAAUUGGAUCUAAUUUCACACGCUGAUGUGCAAUCCGCCCUGCGUGAAUGGUCAAACAGUCAGAUUCUCUGUGAUACGUCUGUCGACGAUCGGGGCUCUGCACAUCCUCGCGGUGGCUUACUGGACAGAUGUCGAGUUCCAUGAUCAUGUUUCGGGCAUGUCGACCGCGUCGACAACACGCUCAGCCCAUUCGAAAGUUUGCGACGGUAACCAGCAUUCAGAGCGGGCGGGCACCUCUCAGUCGCUUUGAACCCAACGACAGUGUUGACUAUAUGGCCUUUGCCAAAUAUGUGCCGAACCUGCGUAAGAUCCUCGGUCGUCCCCUGACGUAUGCAGAGAAAGUGCUUCUCACCCACCUUGACGGCGAACAUGGCGAGAAGAUCACAAGAGGCUCUACGCAGCUCAAGCUCAAGCCUCGACGGAUAGCGUGCCAGGAUGCGACUGCGCAAAUGGCUAUCAUCCAGUUCAUGUCGGCUGGACUCGACAAGACGGCAGUUCCCACGACAGUGCAUUGCGAUCAUCUCAUCGUGGGCCGAGACGGCAGCGAGAACGACCUUGCGGGCGCCCUGACAAGCCAUGGCGAGGUGUAUGAGUUCUUGUCGAGUGCGUGUCAGAGAUAUAACAUGGGCUUCUGGAAGCCGAAUGCCGGUAUUAUCCAUCAGAUCGUCCUCGAGAAUUAUGCCUAUCCAGGGGGCAUGCUUAUUGGCACCGACUCGCACACGCCCAAUGCCGGGGGGAUGGGUAUGAUUGCCAUUGGGGUUGGCGGCGCAGACGCAGUAGAUGUCAUGUCGGGACUGCCACUAGAGAUCACAGCCCCUAAUGUCAUCGGCGUGAAAUUGACUGGGCAGCUGAGUGGGUGGGCCAGUCCAAAAGAUGUCAUCAACAAAGUUGCAGGCGUAUUGGGCGUAAAAGGAGGAACGGGGAGUAUCAUCGAAUACUUCGGUCCUGGCGCCGCCAGCAUCUCGGCGACAGGUAUGGCCACCAUUACCAACAUGGGUGCCGAAACAGGGGCGACCACGUCCAUCUUUCCCUACUCGGACCGCAUGGCGUCGUAUUUGAGGGCAACGCGACGACCAGAACUAGCCGAUGCACUGCAUGUGGCCAAGGGUGAGCUACAAGCAGACGAGGGUGCUGAGUACGACCACGUCAUUGAGAUUGACCUGUCUUCACUCGAGCCGCAUAUCAAUGGGCCAUUCACCCCGGACCUUUCGACACCGCUAUCGCGUUUCGGUGAUGCAGUGCGCGAGAACCAAUGGCCAGAGAAACUCACUGCUGGUCUGAUUGGGUCAUGCACCAACUCGUCCUUUGAAGAUCUGUCUCGAGCAGCCAGCCUGGCCCGCCAGGCUCUAAAAGCGGGCCUCAAACCCCAAAUGCCCCUGUUUCUCUCCCCGGGCAGCGAACAGACCGCCCAGACUUUGAAGCGAGAGGGUGUCGUUGAUGUCUUUGAUCGCUUGGGCAGUAAAGUCCUGUCGAAUGCCUGCGGGCCGUGCUGCGGAGCUUGGGAUAGAACUGACAUGGAGAAGGGCACAAAGAAUUCCAUUCUGGCCUCUUACAACAGGAACUUCACGGGUCGUCUCGACGGCAAUCCUGCCACACAUGCCUUCAUCUCAUCGCCUGAGAUGGUCAUGGCCAAAGUCUUCUCCAAUGACCUCGCCUUCAAUCCGACCAAAGACAGCAUCAAGCUAGAAUCGGGAGCGGAAUUUCUUUUCCAACCACCCGAGGGCGAUUCACUGCCGCAUGGUCUUUAUGAAGAGACAGACCACGUAUACGACGCGUCGUCGACUGAUGCUGAGGUUCGCCAGGCUGUGACUGUACAGAUCUCCCCGGAAUCUCAGCGCCUGCAAAGACUUGCUCCCUUCGCUCCAUGGUCAGGUCAAGACUUCCUUGACUGUCCAAUUUUGAUCAAGACGGUGGGCAAGUGCACCACCGACCAUAUCACCACCGCAGGGCCGUGGAUGCGCUUCCGUGGCCACCUCGAGAACAUCUCCAACAACACUCUGAUAGGCGCCAUCAACGCGGACAACAAUGAGGCCAACAAGGUGGUCAACCAAGUGACAGGCGAGCUGAGCGGAGUCCCGGACGCUGCCCGCGACUACCAGAGCCGAGGUCUGCCUUGGGUUGUGGUGGCUGACCACAAUUACGGAGAAGGGUCGUCGCGCGAGCAUGCCGCACUGCAGCCUCGCUAUCUUGGCGGCGUCGCUAUCAUUGCACGCUCGUUCGCGCGCAUCCAUGAAGCCAAUCUCAAGAAGCAGGGCAUGCUCGCCUUGACCUUUGCUGAACCGGCAGCUUACGACAAGAUCAAGCCAUCUGACCGAGUCAGUAUUGUCGGGUUGAACGGUCUGGCCCCUAAGCAGCCAAUUCGUCUUGAGAUCACGCAGAAAGAUGGAACGCGUUGGGCAGCCGAAGCAAAGCACACAUUGACCGAUGAGCAGGUUGAGUUCUUCAAGGCGGGAAGCGCACUCAACCUCAUGGCGAGUCGCAUUGGGGUCUCGUCUAAAUAG